CAAAAAAAUAGGAGUAAUGAUAAAGGAACUUCGCCUGCUGCCAAUGCGAAUGAAGUUAAGAGCCAAAAACCUUAAAACCUUUUAUCAAUAAUUAUUAUUGAUACCUGAAAGCCAAGUUUUAUCUUCAAUCAGUUCGAUAGACUUCCUUCUGCGAAGAGUUGGGGAUUGAAUGGAUCUUCGUCCCAGGCAGAGGCAAUCCUUCUCUGGUUUCACCGAAGACGAGGUCCAGAGGAUGGACUCCUUACUUAAGGAAUCAAAUGAAAAGGUCUUAGACCAAGACUUCUGUAAGAAAUUGGCAAAGGGUUUCAAUCACUCCAAGGGUCGAGCUGGAAAACCUGUUGUGAAGUGGAUGGAGAUACAAAAAUGGUUUGAGAACAGGCAGCAAAAGUGCCUCCUAACAGAUACUCCUCCAGAUUCCCUCAAAGUAUUGCCCGAUGUCCCAGACUCACACCAUCCAGAAAAUGAAAAAGAAUAUUCUCAUAUAAAAAAAGUUAUCUCCUUUGCUGAAAAAGUUCCAGAUCUGUCAGAGUUAGAAUUCGAAGCUAGAUCUUCGAAAGACGGGGCAUGGUAUGAUAUUGAUUCUUUUAUCUCACACAGAUAUUUAAGCUCAGGGGAUGCUGAAGUUCUUGUAAGGUUUAUUGGGUUUGGGGAAGAGGAGGAUGAGUGGGUAAACAUAAGGAAGUCAGUCCGUGAACGUUCUAUUGCUUUGGAGCAUUCAGAGUGCAACAGAGUGGUGAUCGGAGAUAGUGUUUUGUGCUUUCAGGAGAAAAAGGAUCAAGCAAGAUACUUAGAAGCGAAUGUCACAGAAAUCCAAAAGAGAUUGCACGAUAUAAGAGGCUGCAGGUGCCUAUUCGUGAUCCGAUAUGGUCAUGAUAACACUGAGGAAACUGUUCGAUUGAAAAGAUUAUGUUUCCGGCCUGGCAUACUAGCCCGCCUGCCAGUGAUUUAGCCCUGAUUCACAAAAUUUCAACAUCUGUGCAUAAUAGACAUCCUGAAAAGUUUUCACUUUGACCUGCUAGUCUGCUUCAGCGAGCCUCCUAUAGCUGUUUUGGAGGGGCUAUAAGUUAGUUUUGAAGAAUGAUUGAUAGCGUGGACUUGUAGCCAUUGUGAGAAGUGAACUUUCAUCUUUUUGCCUACUUUAACUGCCCAUGCAUGGGUGGGAAAUUCUACUAGAAUAGUUUUUGAAUCUAGUGGCAGUCAAGUUGACUGAAAACAGGUUGGGUUUCAAACCUAAUUGUGUUCAAAUAUUGGCUGCUAAUUUGGGUGGUUGCAAGACCAAAAUGACCCCUUUAUAAUGUCAUUAUUAUGAUUAAUUCGUCCGUAUUUUUUGUUUGUCA